UACCUCGUUAAUACAACAACAAACAAAGACAUUUGGAAAUUCUCACGAUCAGUGAUAUCAUCCAAUAUGUCGGUUGCCAUGGUACGAGGUCGCAAAUUCGAUGCAAUCAAAGAGGAAAUCUCGAGGAUGUUGCAGCAAGCCGAAAUUACGAAGUCGGGCGGCCGAAGUUUGAUGGUCCAAAGUGCAACAGGGGACGUACUUUCAAACUAUGUAAACGCUGUCAUUGGGGUAGGAAACGAUUUCGACGACAGUAAGCAAGCUCUGGAUGAAAUGAGUGACUAUACUAAGCCGUCGUACAUGAAAAUGCUAACCUUUUAUGCGCUGAUGAUCUCACCAAUUGUCCAACAUUUUGAGCCACUCAGAUUUCUGCCCCGAAAAAACUGUAAAAUUUUGGCAGGUAUUCUUCAACAGGAAAUCGAGCACAGAGAUAAAUCCAAAUCGGAACGGGACGAUUUUGUGGAUGUUCUCCGGUCGUUGAAGGGAAAUCCCAAGCCAGAAGGAGUAUCUCAAGAAGAUUCAGUAAUUACCACUGAUUUCAAAGAAAUCAAUUUGAGGCAGAUGACCGGACUCUCCAUGACAAUAUUGUUGGGAAGCAAUGACACCACAAAAGGUCUCACACAGUUUGUGAUUCAUCUUUUAUCUUUGGAGCCAGACCAUCAACGCAAAAUCAGAGAGGAGGUACACGUAGUCUUACGGAAACAUUGUGUUGAGGAGUUAACGCAUGAAGUCGUUAAAGAUCUUCAUUUCACUUUCCAGUGUAUUCUAGAGGCUGCUCGCUUAUUCCCAAUCAUUCCGAUGUUGAUGCGGCGCUGCUCAGAGGAUUUUCAAAUCCCGAAUACGGAGUACAUCCUGCGGAAAGGAGAUCGUGUGAUUGUAUCACCGUACUCCUUUCACCGAAAUGAAACAUUCUUUCCUGAACCUCAUAAAUUUGACCCGGAACGUUUCAGUGCUAAAAAUCGACACAGUUCUCAACAGGAAGCUAUCUUAAGUUUCGGAUUCGCACCACGAAAGUGUCCGGGUGCUAAUCAAGGCAUGUUCGUAGCCGCAGCUAUAAUUGCAUCUUUAGUAUGUCACUUCGAGUUAAAACCAAAGUCACAUUUGAAACAAAUGAAUGCUUCUGAUUUUCACCCAAAAUGUCUUCUGAUAGCGCCGAAAAUACCCUUGGUCGUUGACUUAGUGCAUGUGCAAAGGGACACGGAGCAGCACGUUAUUUGAUGGUUUUAUUCGGAAUUUUUUUCUUCCGCCAGAUUU